GUUAGGGUUUAAGUAUAAUAUUCUUCUUCUUCAAAAUUUCUCACCUCACACCAAAAUCCAGUUUUACAGAUUCCCUUUCUUCUUCUUCUUCUGGUGGUUUUGGGGUGCGAUGUUUCGAUCAUUGUUGUGUAAAUCAAGGGGAACCCUGAAAAGGGCAGCUGCCAUCAUCCAUGGAGAAUCUUCUUCUUCAACAUUAGCAGCUCCAACAGCUAAGUAUUUUUUCAGAAUUCAAAAUCAAAAUUCUAGGGUUACUUCCACUUUCUCUUCCUUCUCUACUACUGCUAGUAAUUACAGUAAUCUUACUUCUUGUUCUGAUUCAUCAUUUGUAGUUUCUUAUCUGAUUAAUUCAUGUGGAUUAUCACAAACUGAAGCAAUUACUGCUUCAGAAAAACUCAGUUUCAGAAAUACAUUGAAUCCCGAUUCAGUUUUAGCUUUACUUAAAAGAUACGGAUUCACUGAAAUUCACAUUUCUAAAGUAAUCAGUAAGGUUCCAUCAAUCCUCCAGUCCAAUCCUACUAACAUCCUUAAACCUAAAUUAGAUUUCUUCAAAUCAAAAGGAAUUGACGAAUUUGAGCUUGCCGAUUUCAUCUCAAGCUUCCCACAAUUACUGACACUAGACUUAAGGAAAGAAAUAAUUCCUUGCUUUGAUACACUUAGGAGCAUUGUGCAAUCUGAUGAAAAUGUUGUUAAGAUGAUUAGACGAAAUCCUUGGAUUAUCAGUAGAGACCGAGUUGAAGUAGUGAGGGUCAAUGUAGAGAUAUUGAGAAAUGAAGGUGUCCCUGAAACUCACAUUUCUAACCAUCUAAUUCUACACCCAAAAGCAUAUACGGCCAAUAGAUUCGAAGAGAUUGUAGACAGGGUUAGAGACAUGGGUUUCCAUCAUUCAGAAACCACAUUUCUUGUAGCUGUGCAUAUGUUGAGGAUAACGAGUGAAGCCAGCUUGAGAAACAAAAUGGAUAUUUUCAAGAGGUAUGGGGGUUGGUCUGAGGAUCAAAUUCUGUCAGCAUUCAGGAAGAGUCCUACAUGUAUGAAGACCUCCGGGGAGAAGAUUAUGGAAGUUUUGGGUUUCCUUGUGAUUGAAAUGGGUUAUGAUUCAUCAAUUGUUGCCGAAAACCCAGUGAUUUUUACUUGCAACUUGGAGGAGAAGAUUAUCCCAAGGUGUUCUGUUAUCAGGGUUUUAAUCUCAAGGGGUUUGAUUGAAGAAAAUAUUUCUCUAAGUACACUUGCUACCUUGUCAGAUGAGUCUUUUUUGAAGAAAUUUGUGAAAAAAUACGAGGAAGAAGUUCCGGGACUAAUGAAGGUAUUCACAGGUCAGUUGAAUACCAAAAGCUGAUAUAGAGCUGAAGUUGUUGAGGUGAAUAUACAGGUUAGCUGUAUGUAGAUUAUUUGAAUUCACUUUAUUGGUUCCUGCCUAUUUUUAAUGUUUUACAGUAUGCUUGAUAUGUUAUUUCGGAAAUGAAAAUUUUGCCUGUUAUAUUCGAAUAAGGUGAAAAAUAUAUGUCAUGAGUAGUGAUUUUAAUUUAUAUCUUUUAUCAUGUUUAUAAGUUUGUCCCUACUGUAUCGGCUAUCUGAUUAUUGGUUGUUGAAUGGAAGGAUAUAGCUUUUCGGCAGGAUAUAUGUGGUCUGUUGUUCUAUUGGGAAAUCUAUAUACUGUUAUUUAGACUGCAGUCAUAUUUAUCCAAAGAAUCAAAAGUAGUUGCUUAAAUGAGCACUUGAGAGUUCUUUGUCAGAAAGCACAUAGGUUUCUCUCGACAGAGUUAGUCAAUUAUUGAUCCGUUUUUAGUUGCAGAAGAACAACUACAGGGUGCGAACAAGAAGCUUAAUAGCAAGGGAUUCAACUGGCGACUAACCAUGUGAAGUACAUCCUAUACAGGAUUGCAGAGGAGGAUGGUGUGAAAGCUACUCGGCUCGCCAUAGUCACAUUACUCACAUAUAAUGCAAGUGUGUGCCACAAUAAUCAGUACACCACUGGGAUUGAGUACACCUUUAGAUAAUGAUGCAUGGUUAGGCGAGGGGAAGGCUAAUGGUGUCACAUGAGUCGCUACUUCGCCCGUAAAUGAGGGGCCCGUAGAGGGGGGGCAGUAUUCCUUACACAGUUUACGUACACCCGCAGAUCGGAUGAUGGUUCCACCUCCUACACCAUAUGAUCCACAUAGAGGAUACCCCCUGCAUCCACUAGGGAUGACUGUACCAGCUCCUCUACCACCACCCGGUGGUUAUGCACCUGUCCAGGUGAUACUAUAAUCUAAUUAUCACCUCCAUCAAUCAAGGGGGGCUUCUUAUUUAUAUUACUGUUUAUGUUUUCAAACCACAUAUCAAUUAGAUUUUCAGAACCUGUGUUUCUCUUUUGCUAAACUCUAAUUUCCAGUAGCAUUAAAGCUCCAUUAGGAAGUGGUUGUAUCAAUUGUUUGCUCUCGCUUGCACCGAGAAGUUUAUGUUUUCUUACCUCUAAAUAGAAUCUGGAACUUGUCAUUUACUUUUGAUGCCUAAGUUGUGCUAGUUUUCGUUGUUCAAAAACUGGACACGGAUUUGCAGUGCAAGGUGCAGUUCCUAAUCUCAGCUACACUUUCGAAUAAAACAAUUAGACACUGAUUUAGGUGCGACAAGAAACUUUUUUUAGCACCCCACCCCACCCCAUUUUAAAAUCCUGGUUCCACCACUCGCCUGCAGGAUUCUUUGGGCCUUGAUUUCUUAAAUCACCAUAUGCAUGUUUUUUUAGGUUAUUUCGCUUUGAGUUUGUAUAUUACUCCUUAUGUUGCUUAAAACUGAUACUUUCAGAGUGGGCAGGAGAAAACCUGUGCAGAUUGUAUUUACAACUAGUUUAUUAUUAUAGUAUGUCUUUUCUUUUGUAUGCUGGAACUCAUUUUUGUUGCUUGAUGACUUUGAUAACCUGUGUUUUCUUUGCCUUCCGACUCCCACCGUUGAGCACUGAUUCUUGAGAAGAAAAUACAUAUUGUAUUGAGGGGUGGCUGUUUCACAAUAUCAAAGGCUAAUGGAGGAUGCUAGAUUUGGUCUGUUUUUGGAUCAGGUAGAUGCCAGAUACUCAGGAGAUGACACGGACUUGAGGAUUUGUUGCUGCAUUGUUAGUCACAAUAUCUAGUAUUAAGAGGUUUCAAAUCUACAAUAACAACAUACCUGAUCUGCACUGUAGGGUGUUUCAAAAUGAGUAAUGUUUGUUUGUGAAAUUACUUUUA